AUGUCCACGUUCCUAUCGCCUGACGUGCAUAACGCCCACCAAGACCAGGCCGCGUUGGAUAAUCUCCACAAGGCCGUACGCGACGCUGCACGGAUCUACCACGACAAUGUCGCCUCUAGUCUCGCUUCCGGUAUUCGCCCUCUCAACGAUUCACUCGGCAACGCAAUCUUCGAAGCGUACCAAGCUUGGACAAAACCACUGCCGUCGGAAAUGUGCCACGAGAUCUUUGCAGCAUCCUGUGAUGCUACCGACUACUACAAAGAAAAACCUCAGAUGACUUGGAUGAAUCAGUUAUUUGAAGCUCUGAAGGGAGAGCAAGACGUAAUGAGCAUGUCCAAGCAUGAUCUGGAUCAUUACUUGGCAGCGGUCGACCCCCGGACAUGGACCACCACACUUCCUGCGCACACCAAAGAUAUGGAUGCAGAGGACAAGAAGCAAUGGAUAUGGAAGGUCGGCAAGCAGGUUCGUCAAGGCGUCAGUAUUGGGUCUGCCGACAUGAAGCCCCAUGUCGAUAAUGGCAACGACGUUCUGCCAUGA